CCAUGGCUACCAGUGAGGAGGUACUCGCUUUGAAGGCAGAAGUUGCCCAGCGUGAGGAGGAGUUACGUUGCCUGAAGCAGAGGUUGGCGGCAGCUCUUUCGGAGGAGCAAGAAUCUGUGCCAGAACGGCUGGUUCCGGUGUCACCGCUCCCGCAGAAGGCCGCCCUAUCCCGGGACGAGAUUCUGCGAUACAGCCGGCAGCUCGUGUUACCCGAAUUGGGCGUGCACGGACAGCUGCGCCUAGUGACCGCGUCAGUGCUGGUCGUGGGCUGUGGUGGGCUAGGCUGCCCACUGGCGCAGUACCUGGCAGCGGCCGGCGUGGGCCGCAUUGGACUGCUCGACUAUGACGUAGUGGAGAUGAGCAACCUGGCCCGCCAAGUGCUGCAUAGCGAGGCUCUGGCCGGGCAGGCCAAGGCGUUUUCAGCGGCCGCCUCUUUGCGGCGCCUCAACUCGGCUGUGGAGUGCGUGCCUUACGCACAGGCUCUUACGCCAGCCACGGCGUUAGACCUGGUCCGCCGCUAUGACGUGGUGGCCGACUGCUCGGACAACGUGCCUACUCGCUACCUGGUUAACGACGCGUGUGUGUUGGCUGGUCGGCCUCUGGUGUCGGCCAGCGCCCUGCGCUUCGAGGGCCAAAUUACAGUCUACCACUAUGACGGCGGGCCUUGCUAUCGCUGCGUCUUUCCCCAGCCACCCCCAGCGGAGACAGUGACCAACUGCGCGGAUGGUGGGGUGCUCGGUGUCGUCACCGGGGUGCUGGGCUGCCUGCAGGCGCUGGAAGUGCUGAAGAUCGCCGCGGGUCUGGGCCCCUCUUACAGUGGCAGCUUGUUGCUGUUCGAUGCCCUCAGAGGGCGUUUCCGCUGUAUUCAGCUGCGGAAGCGCAGGCCCGACUGCGCAGCUUGUGGGGAGCAGCCCACUGUAACUGACCUGCAGGACUACGAAGCCUUCUGUGGCUCCUCAGCCACCGAUAAGUGUCGCUCCCUGCGUCUGCUGAGCCCAAAAGAGCGGGUUUCUGUCACCGACUAUAAGCGACUUCUGGAUUCUGGGGUACCCCACCUGUUGCUGGAUGUCAGGCCUCAAGUGGAGGUGGACAUCUGCCGUUUGUCUCAUGCCCUACACAUCCCGUUGAAACAGUUGGAACGGAGGGAUGCGGAGAGCCUGAAGCUCUUAAGAGAAGCAAUCGGGGGAGGAAAGCAGGACACGCAGGAAGGGACAGCGCUCCCCAUUUAUGUGAUUUGCAAACUGGGAAAUGACUCCCAGAAAGCCGUGAAGAUCCUGCAGUCCUUAACAGCGGCCCGGCAGUUAGACUCUCUGACAGUUCAGGAUGUUGUGGGGGGCCUCAUGGCGUGGGCUGCCAAAAUUGAUGAGAUGUUUCCUCAGUACUGAGAUGGCAGGCAUCGUCUGACCCGCCGAGAGCUAUGGAUUGCCAUAAUACCUCAAAGAUUUAUUUAUUUACACUUUUC